UACGCCGCGCCAUACCGUUGGUAUAAUUAACAGUGAACAAAAAUGUCGCGUCAUUUCAUUACGGUGAUUCUAGUCGUAAUAAUUUGUCAACAAGGAUUCGCGUCGAGAAUAUUAGGUGUGUUUCCUGCCAUUUCGAUCAGUCAUCAAUUCGUACAUCGUCAACUGACUCUGGCUCUGAGGGAGCGAGGCCACGAGCUCGUCGUUAUCACCCCAGAUCCAAUCAACGAUCCAACCCUUACGAAUUACACGGAAAUAGAUGUGCAUUUUCUUUAUGACGAGGCAUAUAAAAUUGUGAAUUGCGUUUUACCUCCAAAUAAGACAACGUGGCUCGAAAAAGUGCAGGACUUAGCAGAGGAGUUCAUGCUGAUGAGCCAACGCAUCCUAAGUCAUUCAGUUGUGAAAAAACUGUAUGCACCGAACAGUGGAGAAAAGUUUGAUUUGUUGAUAAUUGAGAUGCUUUCUUGGCAAGCCCUUUUACCUCUAGCCAAACGAUUCGACGUUCCAGUUAUUGGUAUAUCAUCUCUCGGUCUAUCUCUUCACUUACAAUAUGGAAUUGGAAAUCCAGUAAUGCCUUCUCAUCCGGUGCACUGGGACGCUGAGAUAAAAGUGCUGGGAAAAUUGUCUCUUUGGCAAAGGUUGUGGAACUUUGUGUACGCGUGGAGAUUAGUGCAUUUUAUCGAAACGGAUUGUUUGCCGAGGCAACAAAUGAUUGCGAGGAAAUAUUUUGGAAAUGACAUUCCUGAUAUUGCUGAUAUGGAAAAAAAUAUUAGCCUCGUUUUCGUCAAUCAGCCAGCACCGAUUUCGUUUGUGAGUCCAAACAUUCCCAAGAUCAUCAAUAUCGGUGGAUUUCAUGUCUCGAAGCAUAUUGAGACUCUGUCACAGGACCUUCAAAAGACUUUGGACGAAGCGACGCACGGCUUUAUAUACAUGAGCCUUGGAACGAACUUUAAAAGCACCAUGUUGAGUAAUAAAACGCGAGGAGAGUUUCUUGCCGCAUUUUCACAACUGCCCUACAUCGUAAUUUGGAAAUUUGAGGAUGAUAUUCUUCCUGGCCGACCGGACAACGUGAUAACCAUGAAGUGGGCCCCACAGCAGACUAUUUUGGCGCAUCCGAAUAUAAAAGCUUUCAUAUACCAAGGCGGACUCCAAAGCACAGAGGAAGCAGUUUCUUACGCUGUUCCAGUAAUCGGGUUACCAACUUUGGGAGAUCAGUACACUCACGUAAACAAAAUGGUGUCCCUAGGCGUUGGGAAAAAGUUGGAGAUUCUCACUUUUAACAGAAUGGAUUUGGUGGAAGCGAUUCGAUCCGUCACAACGGACGUCAACUACAAGCAACGAAUGCUGAAAUUACGAGAUUUGAUGGAAGACAAGCCGUACGAUUCGUUGGAGAACGCGGUUUGGUGGACGGAACACGUGAUACGUCACAAAGGUGCUCCUCAUCUCCAUUCGACGACAGCCGACGAUCCCUGGUAUCAGCGUCAGGACAUGGACUUGAUUUUCAUUAUUUCUACCGUGAUUUGGAUAGCUUUCAGUAUAACACUAUUUGUGUUGUAUAAGUUAUUGGUUUAUAGUAUUAACUGCAGCAAGGAUAAUCGGCAGUUGAUGAGCAAAAAAAAAAGAGCAUGAUAAAUUCUUCUACGGAUAUUGUCGCGGUAAGAAGAUCAUGUAAAUU